AUGAACAAUCAGAGAAACGGCACCCUAUCAACAAUCACAACAGUAACCCAGACAAACAGCGCCGGGAGCUGUUCUUGUAACUGUCCUUGUGGUUGUGGAUGUGGAGGCACUGGCGCUGGAUCUCCUCAGGGCCAACAACCCAACAGCCCGUCUCCUUCUCCCAUCCCACAGGGCCAGCCAAACUCCCCAUACAAUCCUACGCCGCAGCCACAAUCGCCUUGCAAUCCUCAGCCAAACUCUCCCAACACACCGCAGCCAGACGCUGGUGGCAGCAGCGGUACAGAUGCAGCAGGAGAGGUUGGUGUCGUUACAGCCACCCCAGAACAGGACGACGUGGAAUAUCUUGCUCCGGUCAAGAUUGGCGGCCAAACCAUCAACCUCGAUUUCGAUUCGGGCUCAUCCGAUCUAUGGGUCUUCAACACACAACUCAGCCCCCAAAUAACAAGAGGCCAUCAAGUCUACAACCCUGCUGCAUCCAAGACCUUCAAGUUGCUACAGGGUCAGACCUUUUCCAUCAGCUAUGGAGAUGGCUCUGCCGCUUCCGGUAAUGUUGGUACCGACGUGGUCGAGAUCGGUGGUGUCGCUGUCCAGAACCAGGCAGUUGAACUGGCCACCAAAGUUUCCCAGACAUUCAUCCAAGAUACCCAGAACAACGGCUUGCUCGGCCUUGCCUUUUCCAAGCUCAACACCGUUCAGCCUCAGCAGCAAAAGACCUUCUUCGACAACAUUCUCCCCUCUCUCGCUGAGCCCGUUUUCACUGCCGAUCUCCGCCAUAACGCCGUCGGUGCUUAUGAGUUUGGCCGCAUUGACAACUCAAAGUUCACGGGACAGUUGGCAUGGAUUCCUGUCAACACGGCUAUGGGCUUCUGGCAGUUCACAACGUCUUCCUUCUCUGUUGGAAACAGCCAGGCUCAGAGAGUGGCACCUGCCCAGGCUAUUGCCGAUACGGGCACCACUUUGAUGCUUGUUUCCCAGGCGGUCGCAAACGCCUAUUAUAGCCAGGUCCAAGGAGCUCGGAACGAUCCCAAUGCUGGAGGAGUCAUAUUCCCUUGCAAUACCAACCUUCCGGAUCUCUUUGUGGAUGUUGGAGGGCGGUACAUGGCCCGCAUCAAGGGCGAUGACAUCAGAUUCGCUCAAAUCGAUGCUACUACUUGCUUUGGUGGUGUUCAGCCCACAACAUCUGGAUUGGAAAUUUGGGGCGAUAUCUUCUUCAAGUCUCAAUUUGUCGUUUUCAACGGCGGCAAUAACUCGCUCGGCAUGGCCCAGCAUGUGUAG